AUGGAUCCGAAACAAGUCACCUUUUACGUGAACGGCAACUUCAUAGCUAUUGAGAUUCUUACCGGUUCUAAUUUUAAGAAGUGGAGAGAGGAUUUUCUGUUUGGUAUGGAACUAACGGAUGUUCAUGUUGCUCUUAAUGAGAAUAGACCGACGGCUCCCACUAAUGCUAGUACAGAGGCCCAAAAAGCACAGUUUGUUGCUUGGGAAAAGAGUAAUAGGAUUUGCUUAACGUCGAUGAAGCGAUCCAUACGGGAACAUCUUAGAAGUGGCUUUGAUGCCGACAUCAUUGUUAGACAAAUGAUGGAGGCCUUGGUGGCUAGAAAUCGUGACUCACCUAAUGCUGAAGUUGGGACACAUAUGUUAGGGUUAUUCAGUUUGAAGUAUGAUGGUUCUGCUGGUGUUGGAGAUUAUGUUUUAAGGAUGGUUGAUCUGCAAUCAAAGCUUAAAGCCCUUAAUGUUCCUAGCUCUGAUGCUUGUAUUGUGCAUCUUGCACUUAACUCCCACUUGAAUUUGGCACCAUCUAAACAUAGUACAAUACCGUCGAUCAACCAUGGACAAUCAAUGACUUGA